AUGACACGCAGUAGUGGGAAGGAGAGCAUCAUCUACGAUCCGGAGAUUAACCAAACUCUUCACCGUCACCUUAGAGCUUUGAAGCAAGGAAAGCUUGAAAGAAAGAAGAAGGCUGAGCAAAGGACCAUGAUGGACUAUGCCAAGCCAACCCUCACCGAGGCAGCCUCGAGCAUAGUGAGACCAGUUAUAGUUGCCAACAACUUUGAGAUCAAACCGGCAAUCAUCCAGAUGAUUCAGAACAUGGUUCAGUUCUGUGGAUUGGCUAAUGAGGACCCCAACACUCACAUCGCUAACUUCCUGGAGAUAUGUGACACAUUCAAACACAACRGAGUUAGUGAUGAUGCUGUGAGACUCAGAUUAUUUCCUUUUUCUUUGAAGGACGAGGCUAAGACUUGGCUCGACUCUCUACCAGCUGGAUCGAUCUCAACUUGGGAUGAAAUGGCCAGCCGCUUCCAAUCCAAGUAUUUCCCUCCAUCCAAGACUGCAAAGAUGCAGAAUGACAUUACAACUUUCACUCAGCAGGACGGGGAAUCAUUAUAUAAGUCAUGGGAGCGCUACAAGGAAUUAUUGAGGAAGGUCCCUCAUCAUGGACUUCCUGUUUUGCUCCAGCUUCAGACAUUCUACAAUGAAUUGACUAAAGCAAACAAGACCAUCAUGGACGCUGUUACGGUCCCGCGCGUAGGAUCCCAUCACGGGUCGGUCCACGGUGCAAAAGCCCUACUUUCCCUUGCGCCUUCCCUUGCGUGCAGACUCUAUUAUGGAAACCGAAUGGCCCUCAUCAAGAAACUCAAUGACAUGCAGCUGACAGCCAUGCAAGUUCAAGCAGUAGCUUGUGAAUGGUGUGGGAGAGGUCACAUCAGUAUCAAAUGCCAAGUUGGAAAUCAAUUCAUGCAGACCCCUAAGCAAGUGGAUUUCGUAGGGAAUCUUCAAAGGCAGCAAGGUAACCACUAUCCUCGUGCCUUUAACCCCGGAUUGAGGAAUCACCCCAAUCUUUCAUGGUCAAAUCAAAAUGUGGUGAAACCUCCUCCUCAAAAUUUUGUUCAACCGGAGAAGAAAUCUAAUUUAGAGGAGCUGAUGACUAAAUUCAUAUCAAGUGGAGAAACAAGAUUUCAAAAUCAAGAGGCAUCGAUUAAGAAUUUAAAGACUCAAGUGGGGCAAUUAGUACAAAUGAUAUCCGCUAGAGUCCAAGGUGCCUUGCCUAGCAAUACGGAGGUGAAUCCAAGAGAGCAAGUGAAAGCUAUUACCUUGAGGAUUGGUAAGGAGCUGCAAGAGGUGGAAAAGAAAACAAAAGAAGAAGGUAAGAUGGAUGCAACUCUAGAGACCAAAAAGAAGGAGGAAGAGCAGUCGGAUUCAAGGAAGGAGACAAGCCAAAAUCCACAAGUACCAUUUCCCAAUAGGCUUAAGUGA